AGCACUAGUCUGUGGCGACGCCGGCCGAUCGUACUCUGUUCGUAUGUACGCGCCCUUCUCACAUUUUUAUGCCGCCCGCCUCAUAAACUGCUUCGUCCCUUUCGCACCCAAGCGCGACUGAAUUGUGCGUCCCGCUCGCUCGCACACCUCACAGGGGGGACACGUAGCUCUGCUCGCUCGAAGCCAGUUCCGCGGUCGUCCGCCGACUCCUAGCGGCGCUGACGUGCGUUACGCUCUUACGACAAUUUUGUUUCCACUGUGAAAUCACCAGUGUUAGUGUUAUUUGUUUAUAUUUUAUAACAUAGCCCAUGGAUUGAACUACAUCGCUCUUUGGAUUUGACGCUAGCUGUGUUGUGUACUGUACGUGUUUGUGUGAAACCCGAAGCGAAUACUAUUGUGAAACGGGUCGGCCGUGUUCGUUUAUGUGCUGAAUGGUGAUUAAAAGUAAUUUGCUUUGCUUUUACGGUGUUGAGGGUCGGUGCGUAUCGAUCGUAUACUGAAAGACAAAGCGGUGGAUUGUUAUUGUGGUGUGGAGGAGACCGCUGCAGGUAUAGGUGUGUCGAGCUCGGAGGCCGCCAGCUAGCAAGGAUUGCUACCGGGAUGCCAGCGUGUCUAGUGAUAGUGCAUUGAGAUCGUGCCGGUACCUAGCGUAGUGUUAGUGUAACUAUAGUGCAUCAAAGUGCUGAAUGGAUUGUGUCUUUUUUGGAUUGCCAUCAAGAGUCAUCGAUAGACCAACUCGGGAACGGGCUACAAUGGUGUGUGCGUGUGCGGGGCAGCGGGGGGCGGGCGCGGGCAGCCGGCGCGCAUGGCGGCGCCAAUGAGGGAGGGCGCGCCGGCCGGCGGAGCUCGCCCCGCGCCCCACGCGCACCCCGCCAACUUCGAGUACGAUGACAACGAGUGGGACAUCGGCAUCGGCGACCUCAUCAUAGACCUCGAUGCCGACAUAGAGAAGACAGACGAGGCGGGCGGCAUGGCGGCGCGCGCCGAACCCGACGCACAGCGCACCGCGCUCAAGAUGAAGAUCAAGCGCACGAAGCCUGGCACUAAAAGUUCCGAAGCCAAGCACGAAAUCGUCAAAUCAAACGAAAUGAACGGCGAACCGAAGGCGUCGGCGCCCGCGCAAGCCGCGCCGCCCGCCGCCGCCAAGCGCGGCUCUGGGGGGCACCGGAGAGAUAAGGCGCGAGACAAGCACCACCACCCUCAUCCACCGCACGAUGUGAAUGGCGUGGCCCGCGUGCCACCGCCGCCCAACGCGCCUGGGCCGCCCGCGCCGGCGCCGGCGCACCCGGCUGCCCUGCCCGCGCCCGCGCAGCACGCGCCCCACGCCCCCCACGCGCCGCACGCCGCGCCUGCCGCUAAGCCGGAGCCGCGGCCAACGCCCGCGCCACGACUAGAGAAUAAGCCCCCCGCGCCAGCGCCCCCAGCGCCUACGGCGCCCACGCCCGCGCCGCCCCCGGCGCCGGCGCCCGCGCAACUCCCGCCGCACACACAUCAUACCUCGCAUGCGCCGCAUGCACCCUCGACACCUUCCAAACCUGAACCUGACGACUCGCGGCAAGAAACACACAGUUCGCAGCCGCCAACCAAGAAACAAAAAACUGAACCUAAGGAAACUGCAGAAGUAUGCGUGGGCACGUCUGUUGGCACCAUCACGGAGCCAGACUGCCUGGGCCCCUGCGAGCCUGGUACCUCGGUCACGCUGGAGGGCAUCGUGUGGCAUGAGACGGAAGGUGGUGUACUCGUAGUGAAUGUGACGUGGCGAGGGAAGACUUACGUCGGUACCCUACUGGACUGCACGCGACACGACUGGGCGCCGCCGCGGUUUUGCGACUCUCCUACGGAGGAGUUGGACGCACGGACGCCCAAAGGUCGUGCAAAACGAGGUCGCGGCGCAGCGCCGACUGACAUGACUAAUUUUACGGAGACAAGGUCCUCGGUACAUAGUAAACUACGGAAUGGGGGCGCCAAGGGUAGAAGAGCACUGCCUUCACCAACACCCUUUACACCUCCUAGACCAGACUCAAAAAGAAAACGCACUUCGGAUGCAGAGGAGCGACCUCCUACGCCGAAGGCUAAACGUCCGCCUCCCACACCGUCUUCCCCUCCACCAGAUCCCGUCCUUCUUGAAUGUCCAGAACCAAACUGUUCAAAGAAGUACAAGCACGCGAAUGGACUCAAGUACCACCGAUCCCACGCCCACGGCUCUCCAGACGACGACGAUAAAGACGGCUCUAGCUCUGAGCUGGAAGAGCCGGCCACGGAGCCAGCGUCUCCGGCGCGGCCACCAUCCGCGCCAGCUACGCCUGCCACGCCUGUCAAGUCGCCGACUCCGGUCAAAUCACCCGACGCAAAGGUUGACAAGUCGCCGGAGAAAUCUCCAGAGAAGCCUGAAGUGGACGCGGAGUCGCCGCAGCAGCCACGGUUCGCCGAGGAGUUUAUAACAGCCUCGGAGCCACCCGCCGCGGUGGACAGGCCGCAGACACCUCCGCAGCCACCAGCCACGCCGCCCGAUGCGUUACCGACAAUGCAACCUACACAGUUUAAGGUAAAGCCUCGGUCAGCGCUAAUGGCGGAGGAGCGGAAGUCGACAGAGUCCCCUGCGGAGGAGUCCCCAGGCAAACGACGCGCGCGGCGCUCUCCGACGCCGGGCGUGCGGUCGCCGGCAUACUCCGACAUAUCGGACGACGCUGCGCCGGCCGACGCGCCGCCGGAUGACCCGGCGCACAGACCGUUCCCAGUUUAUCAUCAGUUUUAUGGACAGCCGUCGUACAUGCCGCCCUCGCACCCUCCUCCCGUGCCUCCUCAGUCUUCGGACAAAGGCAAGGAUGAUCUCUCCAAAGGAGACCCCAAGGGUGACAUGAAAGACGGUAAACCAGACAACGGACCUCAAAAAGUGUUACCACAACACUUCUACCCUUACAACUAUGUUCCCAACUUUCCUUACAACGUGGAGGCUGGUGGGCCACCUCCAGGUCCUCCCUUAGACGACAAGAGUAAAGACAGCGACCGGUCGAAGACCACCCCUAGCCCAUUGGACAAGAACAAGCAACAACGCCCGCCCGACGGCAAGGAAAACCCCGCGCGGCCCAACGAUAACCAUCAGAUAUUGAAGGAAAGCAUCGAAAUGAAGGCACAGAUGGGACCCUACGCCUUCCAGAGACCACCACACGCGAGAGAAGAAGAAUUAAGAAGGUAUUACAUGAGUUUAGAUCAGAGAAGAAAAGAGGGAGGCAAUGACCCGAAGCCCCCCGGGCUGGCGGCGGGGGCCAGCGGAGCCCCGGCCGCGCAGGGGGGCCGGCCCCCGCCGCAGCCCGCACACAAACAGCCUGCCAAGGACAAGGACGAUAAGCCCAAAGAGGAGGUCAAGGUGAAACAAGAAGGGCAGAAGCCGACGACAGAGACGCAGGGUCCCCCGCCCCCUCCCACCUCUCAGUACUACCUCCCGCCGUACAUGCAGCCCUCGCACUACGGGGCUCUACCCUUCGACUCCGUCUACCGAGCACCUCUGAGCCCAAUGCUGGUGGGAGGGUUCGGAGGUGGAUGGACAGUACCACGGUACCACGCACCCGAGGACCUAUCCAGACCCGGCGGAGCGGGGAAACUGGACCUCAUGCCAGGAGUAGGCGGUCCUGGUAGCGGACACGGCCCCAACUUCGCGUAUGGUGGUGCUCCACACAAAAUACACGAAUUACAAGAGCACGCCAAGUCCCCGGCCAGCAAGCCGCGCGCGGACGCGCCCAAGGAGCCGGCGCCGUCCCCGCGCUCGCCGCGCUCGCCGCCGCCGCAGCGCCACGUGCACACGCACCACCACACGCACGUCGGCCUCGGCUACCCGCUCUACCCGCCGCCCUACCCUGCGGCGGCCGUGCUGGCCAGCACGCAGGCCGUAGUGAACUCGUUCCCGACGCCGCCCAAGUGAGGGCCGCGCGCCCCGGGACGUACCGAGACA